UUAAGUUAACUUUUACUGCAGAAACCGAAAUAAGCUUUUAAAGUACACUGCGCAUGCGUGGAGGCGGCUAAAUUCAAAACUCAAGACGUUAGCUUCGAUGGUCGUUGACGUUAGCUGCAGUUUGUAGGUUCGCAGAUCUACCCAGCUAAGAAUAAACGACAUGAAAACUAUUUUAAGUUAGUCUACCAGUAAGAACACAACCGUAUCCGUUGAGGAAUUGUCUCAUAACAACCACAAGUUGAAAAUGGAGCCUCUGGAUCCUGCCAAGAAUGAAGAAAGCACUGGAUUCUCCAAGCGGCGCAUUUCUUCGAUAUUAAAAGCACCACGGAAAUCAAUCAUAUUCCCUGAACCAGUGCAACAGGAAAAUGUGGUGGAGUGUGCCAAACCUGUAGAAAAGAGGAAUUCAAGAAGAGUCAGUUUUGCGCCUGCCAACGAUGUUCUCCUGUUUUCAAAAGAAGUAAAAAAUGCCUCUCCUGCCCGAAGUCCUUUACAAGAGUUAAUAACAUCAACAGCUGCAGCCACACAGAAUAGGGUCCAGGUGGUGGUCGCUGAUGAUGGGAUUCAACAAAUCACUGGAAUGGAAACCCUAUUGAAUGCUCCUCUACAUGUUUCUCAACAAAGGGAGACGGUCAACUUUGAUACUGGGACUGACUUUAGUGAGAAAACUGUGAUGUUUUCUACAGAUGAUGCUUUCAUGGACAUAACACGCAGUCACACUAUAAACCUUGGCGUUGAUGCAGAUGUUUCCCUCCAAAAUGAUGACAUUUUACCUACUAGCGGAGAGAAAACAGUGAUGUUUACUGCAGAUGAUGGAUCCAUGGAUAUGGCCCUAAGUCAUACUUUCAACAUGAGUGGGUUAAAAUCACUACCCACUAGAAGUGUAGAGAAGGGAAACAUAUCCUCAUCAGUACCUUGUUUGGAUCCUGGAUUCGAAAACUUCCUUGCAAGUUUCUCUAGACCUAGUGGCCCCAGCGUUAAUUCUGUGAUCACCAGAAUGGUGCCUCCUGCUGGAACAUCCUCUGGCUUCCUGUCCCAGAUAUGUACGAAAAGGCCUGAUGUGGAUAAAGAAAAUCGGGCUCCGAUUUCUCUUUCAGCUGUGACAGAAAAGUCACUAAAUACAUCCAGGAAGAUUGGUCAGUCAUCUUAUGGAAGUGCAUUCUAUCCAGACGAUGACGUAAGCAUGGAUAUGACUGAACCUCAGAGCCAACUUUAUGGAUUCACUGAUUAUGAUGACGACGAUCCCUUUCAGUGUCUCUUUCCCACAAAAGAAAUGUACUCUGGCAUCGAGAGCGUGUCACAGACAGCAGAGAAGACCCAACAACAGAGCAGGAAAACACUGGAAUCAUUUAACACUAAAGAUUUAGAUAAGAAAUCCUUGAAGAAUCCUUCUCUUAAUGCUUCUAAUCAAGGACACAAGGUCAAACUUGAUACAAAAGAUGAACGCAGUGCAGAGACAAUCACGGACACCGAAGCUCAGACAGGCCAUAUUAGAGGACUCAUUGGCUCAGAUGAUCCUUUUCGGUUUCUUUUUCCCACACAAGACAUGUGCCCCCUCAGUGAAAGUCUGAAGAGCGCAGAGAUGACUUCAAGGCCCCAGCACAAUGAAGGUAUGGAAACCUCAUUGAGGCCAUCCUUAAAGACAGCGGUGCGGAGACAUCAGGUUAAAUUUGAUGCUGAAGAUGACAGCAAAGAGAAAACAGUGAGGUUUUCUCCAGAUGGUGCCUGUAUGGAUAUGACACAGAGUCACACUGUGAACAAUUUGGAACUACAAUCGCACCCAAAUGUGGACUUUUUACCUCCAUUUGGGGACAAAACAGUGAGGUUUACUGCACAUGAUGCAGCCAUGGAUGUGACACAAAGUCACACUGUAAACAUCAUCGGAGAUUUAGAACUGCAGGCACAGCAAAAAGAGGACUUUUUACCUACUUGUGGAGAGAAAACAGUGAGGUUCACUGCAAAUGAUGCAGCCAUGGAUGUGACACGAAGUCAUACUGUAAACAUUGGCGCAAAUUUGGAACCGCAGUUUCACCAAAAUGUGGACUUUUUACCCCCAUGCGGCGAGAAAACAGUGAGGUUCACUGCAAAUGAUGCAGCCAUGGAUGUGACACAAAGUCACACUGUACACAUCAACAGUGAUUUGGAACUGCAGUCACAGCAAAAAGGGGAAUUUUUACCUACUUGUGGAGAGAAAACAGUGAGGUUCACAGCAAAUGAUGCAGCCAUGGAUGUGACACGAAGUCAUACUGUAAACAUUGGCGCAAAUUUGGAACCACAGUUUCACCAAAAUGUGGACUUUUUACCCCAAUGCGGCGAGAAAACAGUGAGGUUCACUGCAAAUGAUGCAGCCAUGGAUGUGACACAAAGUCACACUGUACACAUCAACAGUGAUUUGGAACUGCAGUCACAGCAAAAAGGGGAAUUUUUACCUACUUGUGGAGAGAAAACAGUGAGGUUCACUGCAAAUGAUGCAGCCAUGGAUGUGACACGAAGUCAUACUGUAAACAUUGGCGCAAAUUUGGAACCACAGUUUCGCCAAAAUGUGAACUUUUUACCCCCAUGCGGCGAGAAAACAGUAAGGUUCACUGCAAAUGAUGCAGCCAUGGAUGUGACACAAAGUCACACUGUACACAUCAACAGUGAUUUGGAACUGCAGUCACAGCAAAAAGAGGAAUCUAUACCUACUUGUGGAGAGAAAACAGUGAGAUUCACUGCAAAUGAUGCGGCCAUCGAUGUGACACGAAGUCAUACUGUAAACAUUGGCGCAAAUUUGGAAGCACAGUUUCACCAAAAUGUGGACUUUUUACCUCCAUGCGGAGAGAAAACAGUGAGGUUCACUGCAAAUGAUGCAGCCAUGGAUAUAAGCCAGUGCCUCACUGUAAACAUUGCCAACAGUUCAGUGUCAGAUUCAGUUCUUCAACACCAAGAUUCUAACAUUUUAUCUAUCCUAUCUGUGAAGGAAAGGGAAAGCGAGACAUGUCGUCGGCGAAGAAACCAAUCUUCAUCUGCAUACACUUUGGAUCCAGGACUUAAAAACUCUCUGUCUAAGAUGAGUGGCCCCUGGGCUAAUCCUGUGAUCACAAAAGCAGUGGUUCCUGCUGCAUCUUCCUUUCAAGAAACUGGACACACAAAUGGCUUCCUGGACAAACUUAAACCACAGAAGCCUGACGUGGAAACUGAAAAUGAAGUUCCAGGUUUAAUUUCAGCUGUCAUGGAGAAGACACUAAAUAAAACUGUAACUGGCUGUCCAGCAGACAAUUUAAGCGUGGAUAUGUCAGAAGCUCAAACAGGCCAAAAUAUGGGACAAACAUGUACAGAUGAGCCACCUCAAAGUCUUUCUUCCAUUCAAGACUUGUACCCAAGCUCUGACCAUUUGAGGAAAGCUGAGGCAAUUACACAACAGAGCAAUGGAGCGCUGGGUUCAUCCAACCUUGAUGGUGUGGAAAUGAUAAAUUGUCCAAAUUCUCUAGACUCAAAGGAAACCAAACCAAGAAAUCACGCUUGUUCACCAACUGCUGUUGGCCAUGGUGUUGAUACAGUGCCUUCACUAAAGUGUAGACGCAUGAGUUUAGCUGAUCUUCACUCAAAAGUAAGGCGUUUGAGCCACAUGAUAAAUACAACUCCAGAUACUAUUGCCCUGAACAGCUGUACAGCACCUUUGCCCCCUCUGGAGCACCACAUGGACAAAAUCUCAAAAGACAAACCAAACUCCCUGCCUGUAAUGGAGCCCGAACCGGAAAUAGGUUUGGUAAACACUGAAGAAAAUACUCAAUGUCUUACGCAAGAAGAACAGCCCUCUACUACUCCUUUCAACUUAAAGACUAAACAACUUAUGUCAAGACUCUCAGUGGGAGGCUUCAAACCCAAGCUUCCACAAAGAAGCAAACCAGAUGAUCCAACGAAGGUGAAUUCUGUGGCAGAGCAUACAAGGACGAUCACUGUCAAUGUUACUAGUCAACUGAGCAACCUUGAAAAUGAUGUGAGCGACAUCUACGAUGAAGAGCUUGGUAGCUGUGAAGAUAUGUCAGAAGUGCUUGAUGCAAGAAGUCCUCAGAAAGCCACUGAAAAGGGGGGCCCUCAGGAGUUUAAGAUGGUUGAGUUUAAAGAGGAUGAUGUAUUUGAACAGGACUUUAUUAGUGCUGUCCAUGGAAAUAAGAGACCACGGCCAGCAGAUGAAAAUGGUCUGGCGAAUGAGAAGAGAAUGAAAACCUCCACUGAAAUGGCUGAUGACUUUAAAAUGUCUCAUGUUGAAGAGUGUGACGGUAACAUUACUACAGCUCCGAGCAUGACUACCCAGACCAGUGAUUCCAGCAGUCACACAGCUAGCAUCAGAUGUGAAGCUACAUUUGAAUCAACUUUCAGACAAAGCAUGUUUGAAUCCCAGCUUGAAGACUACGCCAGUGAUGUACAGAGGAAAUUCGAGGAUGGGACCAUUACAGUGUUGGAGUUCUUUAAACUCUUCAACAUAGACUUUGUCAUCCAUAAUCCUCGGCAAAGUAUCCUUCCUGGCAGACUUUUGUCAGACACAGAUUGCACACCAAUGGAUUUAUUGAAAGACAGACACAUCAACCGUCCUAAACAGAUGGUGUAUGAGACAAAUGUUCUGAACCUCACAGAGAAGGUGGAGGGAUUGAAGGAGCGAAUGCGGGAUCUGGAAAAACCUCUGAAGAUUGUGAACAGACCUUUGUGGGAAGAAAUGAGACAUUUUUCAGAGAAAGAGCUCAAAUCCUUUGGUGCCAAACUAAAAGAGAGAAAUAACGUGUUCAGAAAGAUGAGCAAAGUUCAGUCCCAUGAAAAGAAGGAAGUCUUGUAUGCAGACCUUGUGCAGGCUAAUCUGGAGGAGCAACAGAGGUUGAGAGGAACGAUCGAGGAAGCAGAUGAGAUGAUUAAAAGUUUGGAUGACUGUAUUUGUGAAUUAGAAACAGAACUUAGUGCAGUUGAAGAAAAAGGUUUCGAAGACGCACCAAGUCUGAAAUCACUUCAGAAAGAAAUGCAGAAAGUCACUGAAGUUUUGGCUGAUAAUGACAGACAAAUAUCUGAACUGGAGAUGCAGAAUAAACAGAAUUCAAAUAAACUGUGCAGGCUGAAAGUUGAGACGAUGAACCUGGAGAGCCACGUCGCUAUGCUGCAUAGUUUGAAUGAAUGGAAAUUGGGAGAGAAGAAAGACAACUGCUCGGUCUACAGUUUUCUCCAUAAGACCUUCGAAGUACAGUUGGUAUAUGAAAAAUCCAAUGGAAAUGAUGCUGAUAAUGAGUCGGAGAGGAAAAUAUCACACAUCACGUUCAGACGUCAAAUUGAUGAUGAGAAGUCACAGUGCCAUGCCCGUCUUGUUCACAAACUGCUCUCUCAAUGCAUUGAGCGAGAAACUUCCUGGGUGGAGAAGUAUCCAACGAGCAGACAUGUUCCAAAGCUGCUCCUUGACGUGGGCCUGGUGGUGAGUCACUGUCGUCUGCUGGGAGAGGAGUUGCGUCUGCUGAAAAUGUGGGGGGGUCUGAGGCUUGAUAUUCUCAACAUCAGCUGCGUGGACAAUCGAGUGCACGUGGUUUUCUGCAGUCUAAAGAAAUUUUCCAAGUUUGAGGUGAUCUUCUCCGUCAGUGUGACAAACCACCUCUAUGUCCUUCAAGUGCAGAGCUUCAAAAACAGGAUCGGGAGCACAACGAUCCAACAGAUUGAGGAGAUAGUGGCAUCUUUCAAUCCAGCCAAGAACCUCUUGACCAAGAUUAUCAAAAAGAUUCAUGAAAAUCUUCUCUGUUGAGACCAGGAAUUCAUCCAGUAAUGAGUUCAAUCAUUUCUUAUCAAACUCUUUUGUACAAUAUAGAUGUUGAAAAAUGAGUACAGGUUCCAAAACGUUUUCCACUGUGUGCAAAAGGUGGUGGUAUUUCACUGCAUUUUGUGUCCUUGAUGCACCUGUUCAAAUUUUGCAUUGUAUUUUGUUAAAAAUACUUUGGUUUUCCCACAUGAAGAACAUAAGGGAUAAAGGGAGUGUAGAAUAGGAAACAAGAAUGUGUUAGCUAAGCCAUCUAACAAGAAGGUUUGGUUUGGUUUUUCUUGCCAUCAUGUGAACCAUUUAAAAGGUUAAACACUCUUUCUUGCGUAUUUCAUUGUUCUGGAAAACAGACAGUGGUUUCCAUGCAGUUUAUAGAGUCGCCUCCAGAUGGGGAACAUGGAACAACCUUACUGUACUUUGUUAUACUUACAGUGGGGCAUUGUUUCGUUUGUUAUAGGAGCCUUGAUAUGUUGUAUUUGAGACGGUACUUGUCUCACAUCUUGUUGUAGCUUUGUACAGUACUUAACAUAUGUAAAUAUAUUUUCCUCUUAUCACUUUUCAUUUUUGAUUUAAAAAAAAAAAAAAAAGAAGCUUUGUAUGUUUUUCAUUAGAUAGCAAAAAUUCUAAAAUAAAUGUCCUGACCUUUUGAAAAGAUAAAUGUACUGGAAAGUGUUCAUUAAAAAAUAUAUGUGCUAUA